AGUUACACCAUCAGUGCCCGAGCAGCGCACUGUCGCACUACUGAGCGAUCAACACCACUUGUGUUCUCACAUGUCUUGAGUGAUUGCAAUGGUAUCGCCUCUAGCCACUUAGCGACCCGAAACAGUACAGUAAUACGGCCCCAGCUGCGCCGCAGUCCGGUCAUUCCCCGUACGCGGCGCAUUAUGGCUAGAGACUUGUCGCCCUUCAGCCAGAGGCGUCGGCUCACUCAGCAGCUUGCUAGUGGGGAGGUCCCUACACCACCGCGUGUGGUAGCAGAAAAGGCUUUGAGCAAGGAGCCUGAGCGCGCAAGCAAGGAGUCCUCAGCUUCAGCUGGUUCACAGCGCCGCUCAAGAAGCAGAUCCCGGGAACGGCGACCUACGGAUCCGUCACAGGGGCGCAAGCCAAGAGAUAGCCCAUCUGCGGCGAAAUUAAGCAGACCGGGGCGAAAUGGGUCGCCGGAGCCGUAUAGGAAGCCUAGAGAAGAAUCACGGGAGAGGAGACGCGGUGGCUCAAAAGAGAGUCAUCGAGACCGUGCUGGGAACAGGCCGCGCGACAGGUCAAAGGACAGCAAGAGGAGAGACAGAUCUGUAGACAAGAGGACUCGUUCGAACGAGAGGCGGCAUGUCCGCUCGAAAGACAAAGAUGGAGGCAGGGACCGAAGACGAGAUCGGUCACGGGACAGACACAGCAGACGCGACGGCUCCCGCUCACGAGACCGAAGGCGCAGAGACAGGUCGAGGGACGACAAGCGCUCGCGCUCUCCUUUAGCAAUCCGCGAACGUAAACACCGCACACGCUCGGCAUCCGCCUCCAGAUCACCACCGCCCAAACGCCGUCGCCGCAGCCACUCGAGAUCACGAUCACGGUCGCCACAUCAGCGCAAUAAGAAGCCUCUGCCCGACCAAGACGUCUCCUUUCGCGGCGUCGACAACUCGAACCAAGCACCCACAAAGUACGGUGGCGCACCUGUCAACAAGGAGAAACCGAAUUUUAAACCCACUGGUGCGCUUGCGAAGCACGCCAACCGUGUCGAGGGCACCAAGAUCUCUCUCAAAUACCACGAGCCUCCCGAGGCGCGCAAGCCGCCCGCCUCGCAGCCCUGGCGCAUUUUUGUGUUCAAAGGCGACGAUGUCAUUGAUACAAUUGAGCUCUGGCAGAAGAGCUGCUGGCUUCUGGGACGCUCGUACGAGGUGGUGGACUAUGUGCUCGAGCACCCAAGCUCGAGUGGGCAACACGCGGUCAUCCAGUUCAGGUAUACACAGAAGGUGAUCGAGGACGAUUUUGGCGUAAAGAGCACCAAGGGCAGGGUCAAGCCGUAUGUCAUAGACCUGGAGAGCAGCAAUGGAACGGAGCUCAAUGGCAAGGAUGUUGAGGCGAGCCGUUACUUCGAGCUGAGAGACAAGGACAUUCUCAAGUUCGCGGGAAGCGAGCGCGAGUAUGUGGUUAUGCUGCCGCCGCCAGAGGAGAAGAAAAGGUAAUAUCCAGAUGCUGAUGGUUUCCUGCAAAGAGUCCACUGGCGAGCACAGUAGCUGCAGGGUACACAGCUUGCAGCGAUCAUGCGCCCCAUGCAUGCACAGUUCAGCCCCCAAGCCAGAUAGAUGAAGCGUGGUAGAAGGCUCGCAAGCUGCUCGAUGUACGCAAGAAGACCUACUCCCCCUCCAAACCCCAUGAGACUCUAGAUGUCUAUACAACAUUCGCCAGCCUACAGGAUGCUCUCACUCUGCCCCUCAUUAAUAGAUCCGCAUCCCUGCCACAAGUUUAAGCUUAAUCUGUUAGCCCCAGUUGCUAAAUAUGGGCGCGGGGGCGGCGGUAAAGUCGUGCCGCGGCAGAACGAUCGUUCGCCCACAGGGAACUCGACACGGUCACGUUCCCCUCAAGACCUAAGAGUAUUCUUGCAGAGCAGCCUCGAGACUCCGCAGAGAUCGAUGGGACGUGGGUAGCGAAAGAACAUCUCAACACCAAUCAAGAAGUCCAC